AUGCAAACCCAAGCACCACUCGACCCCGAGCUCACCCCAACCCACAAAACCAUCCCAUCUCUCGACAUCGACACCCCCGAGAAACUGCACUCCUACCGCGCCGCAAUCGCCUCCAUCUUCACCCUCCCCAACACCCUCCACGGCAAAGAAUCCACCAUCGCCACAAACGAGAUCACAAUCCCCAGCCCAGCAGGACCGCUACACGCCACAAUCCUCCGCCCAAAAUCCCCAACCCGCUCGCCCUCCCACACCCCCGGAAUCCUGCACAUCCACGGCGGCGGCCUCGCAACAGGAAACCGCUUCCUAGGCCUCGCAGGCAUCCUCGACUGGGUCGAAGACCUCGGCGCCGUGAUCCUCACUGCCGAAUACCGUCUCGCACCUGAACAUCCCCAUCCCGCACCGCUAGAAGAUAGCUACGCGGCGCUGGAAUACAUGGCCGCCCACGCUGCUGAACUAGGGUUUAACCCCGGGAAACUGGUCGUUGCCGGUGGAUCGGCCGGUGGGAAUCUUGCUGCUGGCGUGGCGUUACUUGCGCGAGACCGUGCCGGGGGUCCGGAUCUUGCGGGCCAGGUGCUAAUGUAUCCCUGGGUGUCUGAUAGUAUGGGUAUGGAUUCAGGGUCUAUUCGGCAGUACGGGGAUAUCGCGCCGGUGCGGGAGACUGAUCUUGCAACGGUUAAUGAUUAUGCGUUUGGCAGGGAGCGGGAGUUUGCGGAUAUGUAUACGGCGCCGGCGCGCGCGGAGAGUCUAGCGGGCUUGCCCCCGACAUUGUUGGAUGUGGGUGAGGCGGAUGUGUUUCGGGACCAGGAUGUUGGCUUUGCGGCGAGGUUGUGGAGGGACGGUGUGCAGACGGAGUUUCAUGUUUGGCCGGGGAGUUGGCAUGGGUUUGAUGUGUUUGUGCCCGGUGCUGGGGUUAGUCGGAGGGCUGGGAGGGUGAGGGUGGAGUGGUUGAGGGGGGUGGUUGGAUAG